UCAACUAUCUUGAUAACGGAGCAAACUACAACAAAUCACUGAGCAUAAAACGCACGAGCCUACAGAGGUCAUUCUCCGCUCUACUGGUUGAAUUAACCCGACUGUAACCAAUCCCUGUUACUGCAAUGGACGGCUUUGAUUUAAAUUCGUCAGAAAAUGCUGAUGCUUCAGAGCUCCAAAGGAUGAUCGCAAUUGAACAACAGAAAGCGCAGUUUCAGGCCCAGGUGCAUAACUUCACAGAUGUCUGCUGGGACAAGUGCAUGGAGGGGAGCCCGAGUUCAAAACUGGAUUCACGGACAGAGACUUGCCUCGUGAACUGUGUUGACCGCUUCAUUGACACUACCUUGUCUAUAACCAACCGGUUCACCCAGAUGGUGCAGAAGGGUGCCCAUUGAUGGGAGCUAGACUAUGGGAAAUUGACUUUAUUUUGUAAAAGAACUGUGUUUUAUUUUGUAAAAGAACUGUGCAUUAUGUUUUCUUUAUGUCUCGAACCCCUAACACCAUUGCCUAAUAUGCUGACAUGCCACAGUACAAUUAUAGAAUCAGAAAGUUUUUGGUUGCAAUACGGCUUUAUUAAAAUAACAUUUUUAAAAAGUAGGCCCAAGAACUACACCUACACCAUGCUGCUCAUUACAUCUAUGUAACGUAUGUGUGACAUCAUCAUUUGACAUAGUUUUCUUUCCUACAAUACUUUAGUAUGUGUAACAAAAUUGCCAUUUUAAAACAGUACACACAAAAAUAAUAAAGUUUAGAAAGGGGAAAAGGUAUGAACAAUGUGCCCUGAAGAGUACUUGUAAAUAGGCCAGUAAACAUGUUCAGUUCUGUUUCAUUUCAUCCACACUCAUCUCAUCAUGUUGUGCCAUUCAUAUU